AUGCUUGGGAAGGCCGCUAGCUAUAUCAACGUGGAAGAAGCUCAGACUGCUCGAUGCAAAGCAAACAAAGCGCCUACUCUUGCCAACAAGUUUGAGAAAAGGUUGCCUCAACCACCAGCUCAGCCUCUUUCGCGUGUCUGGGAUGCCCGACCGCCCUUCGGUCCCGGUCAGGAUCCCCGACCAGCUCCACGUGUGGCAGCUGUCCAAGCCCCAAAGCUUGGACCACGGGGGCCGCGUUACUGCACUUACCAUCAGUCCCACACCCAUGCCACAAGUGAUUGCUUCCAGUUCGCCCGAGACUCUCGGUGUGCAGCUGAGCUGGGUCUACCCCUACUUGAGAUUGCGCCCAGGACUCAGCAGAUGAUGCUGGCCAUUCAACAGGAGCCUGGGGAAGCCAGGGAAGAGGAGAACCGAGGAAACGCGACCAUUCGCGAGAUAGACAUGAUCCCAGGAGGACCCACAGAUAGAGAUUAUGCCUGGGCUCGGAAGUCUCAUGAGAGGUGCUUGGAGAUACAUGUCGUAUGGUGCAGCCAGGAGCAAGCUGCAGGGCCCGUCAUCAGGUUUGGGCCCCAAGAUUUGGAGGGGCUGGAGUUUCCGCAUGAUGAUGCCCUGAUAAUAAAGGCCAUCAUCGCCAACAGUCGCGUGGCCAGAGUUUUCGUGGAUACUGGUAGCUCUGUCAACGUGCUGUUCAAGAGCGCAUUUGAGAGCAUGCAAAUUGACGCCAGCGAACUCCAGCCCGUGACUACUUCAUUGUAUGGAUUCACUGCAAAGAAGUACGACCUAUGGGCUAGAUCAAGCUAG